UUCAUUCGCUUUAAUAUUCUAAUGAAUCUAGAUGAAGAAGAAAACAUCGGCUUUUCACCACCUACCAUAUACGAUCAACAGUAUCCAGAUUUCGUAGACAAUAUACUAAAGGAAACAGCCGAUGAUUUUGAAAAAGAAAAAAAAUGAAGGUCUUUCUAACAGAGAAUAAUACGUAAAGGAAAAAACUUGUUAAAUAUUGCGCAACAUUCAAUAUCCGGCUGUCAAAAUUUAAAAGGGAUUUGUACAACAGAUCAAUCGAAUUGGAGAUAAGUUAACAGAAUGUCAACAAAACUGCAACAGAAAUAUUUGAUAGUGUUUUAACGGUGAAAUAGUAACAUUUCAAAUUGAUUUAUCAUGUAUCUUUCCACGUUAAUAAUCAAUAUAAAUACAAUCACGGAUUCUAAAUUAAGACUUCUAAUGCACCUUGGAUGAUCGAAACGAUGCCAAAAAUAACACGAUUCGAAAUAUUGUUGGUGCAGAAUCUAGAAUUCUGUGGAGGAAAGAAUAAAUCGCGAAGAAUAUCUCGAUGGAAAAAAUUGAUAGCAGUCAACGGCAAUUACUUAAUAGCACCGAAACUGUAAUCUCGCAUUUGAGCUUUAUUUGACGAAUACGAUGACGAAAGCCUCCGCGAUAACAGCUUAAUAAAACGCAACAUCCUGAAAAAAAAAGAAUCCUGCACACGCGAAUAUCUCGCCGGCAGUCUACGUGUCCGAUUGGUGUUGCGCGGCGACGCGAUUCCGUCUUUCAGCCCGCUCUCGACCCGCGCGCGGCCCGACCGAUGCGCUGGUCUGGCAACGUCGCGGGCGGCAUAGAUUCCGCUCCGCAACCGCAACCGCAUUUGCCGGGUCGCCAUGAUACCAAAGCCGUGCUGGCCGUGCAACGGUUUCUCCGCAGUGACGCGCAAGCCGCUGCCGAGGACGCGACGUGACGCGAACGUUGGACGCGCACGGCCUGCCUGGGACCGCCUGCGGCUGUUCCGUUGCUACCUUUUGCGUCGACCGUGCCGAUCAAUCGGAGAAUCACCGGUGUGACGGAAGAGCUGUCUUACGCGAAUCGAUCGUUGAUCGCCGAUCGAUCGUUUGCGUGACUCCUCAAGUUCCAGAGACUUUUCUUUCACGCAUCUUCGGAUGAAAGAUCCCUCCAUCGCCGAUUUCCGAUUUCGAUCGCGAAAAGAUUUUCAAAUAUAGAGCCCAAUCGUCUCGCGGCAAAAGGUGCGAGAUCGACUCGGGAAAGGUAGAAGGAAGAUCGAGCGAGGGAAGACCGAGGAAAGAGAGAGAAUCUCGGGACAUGUUUGACACAGAACGGUUUAUCGAGGAGAUAGAGAGGCGACCGGCGAUCUACGACGUGAAUCGCGGCGAGUACAACGACCGUAAUGCCAAGAUGACUGCGUGGGACGAGGUCUGCCAGGUGAUGGUACCGAAUUGGGCGCGCUUGACGGACGAGGAGAGAAACGUGGAAGAAAAAAAUUUGCGCGGAAAAUGGAGGAAUAUACGAGAUUAUUUCAUGAAAGAACUUAAACUUCAAAAAUCGCAAAAGUCCGGACCUGCCGGACGGAAGCGGAAGAAAUAUAUGUAUUUCGAUCGACUGCUGUUUCUCAUGCCGACAGUGGAAAACAAAAGAAGUUCCGUGAUGAUUUCUUGCAAGUCGGAGGAGAGCGAGGGUGAGAUGGACAAUCCCGUGAUCGAGGAAUACGAUCCCCUUAGUCAAGGUAGCACUUCCGUAACGGGCAGUAGAGAAUAUCUUCAAGCAGGUACUCCAUCUUAUAAGGUGUGUCCGCGUUAUUCGAAACAACUCUGCGAGACGUCCUUUACGCCUUUCGACAACGAGAUACACGACAUCCUCUCCUCGCAUAGUAGCCAACGCGUUACCUUCGACGAGGACGACUACGACAAGAUGUUUCUCCUAUCGUUGUUGCCAAUUAUUAGACAGGUGCCAGAGGAAAAGAAAUUAGAUGUCAGGAUACAGAUACAACAAGUCCUGGCCAUGGCACUCCGCUCGUCUGAUAAUAAGUGAGUCAUCUGGCGUGUUUUUUGGAGGAAAAGAGGAGAAAAAGGAAAGGAGGAAGAAGAGUAAACACACGUGCCGUGUCGUCGUUCCGAGAAAGAUUUUACGAUGAUUUAAUUAUAUCAUUUAUAUCCGUCCUGUUUAAAUAUUUUAUAUCUCAAAUACGUUAUUUUUUACGGAUUUUUUUACAACGGAAAUGAUUUAAUAUGAUCAUUAUUCUUUCUUCUUUCUAGCAUAAGAUUCAAUUCUUCCUCACAGAUAUUUAAAUAUGAUACUUUUUGUAUUGUAGGUUUUUUAUUGUCAUUAUAGUGAUGUUUGGCAAAAAAAUACUUUGAUAAAUCUAAAAUAUUAGCAUAAGCUCUUUAAUAAUGCAAACAUGACGCGAUUAUAGUAAUACAUGUAUAGCAUAAUACAAAUUUUAUAAACUAUA